AUGGGAGUGUUAGACUGCAGUCAAAUUCUAGAAGAUUAUGUUCCGACAAUUGAAAAUGUACCGUCUGAAAUCCAGUUUAUUCUUAGUGAGCUUUCUGCCAAAGAUGCCGAGUUUCAUGCAUUGAAAGACCAAAUUCAUCAUGAUGAAAGUGCGUUGCGUAAACUCAUCAAAACUGGUCCGUUGGAUUCAUACGGUGGAUCAUCAAAACCUAUUCCAACUACAGAAAGUAUACCUGCUGUCGCAGGUUCAAUUCCAAGUACUUUAGCACUUUUAGAUUCGGUUGCUGUGUCUUCAAGUCUACAGAAUGUUACUGCAACAGUGUGUAAUCCUCCUACUUCAUCCGUCACAACUACUGAUACGCAUGUUUUUGCAGUCCCAAAAACUCCCAUGCAACUUAAACAAUCUAAAGAUCAAUCACCACUAUCUCAACCCAUUGUAGAAGAAACUAAACUUUCAGAACAUACUGAAUUGGAUCUAUUACAAAAAUAUCAAAAUGAUACUCGACUGCAACUUGUUGGAAUUCCUGAUCAAUUGUUCUUGUAUGAAAACAUUCAAAAAAGUUUUGCACAAGCCAAACUCCUUGCUGAUCAGAAAAUCGAAAUGGCUCAACAGAUGCGUGAAAUGUUGAAUAGACAUGAACGACGAUUAAAUAUGGAAUUGGAGAAAUUGGAAGAAUCUGAUGCCAUGGCACUUGGCGUGGGUAAUUCUAUGCACACUGUAUCAACUCCAAUUGCCUCAUCCGUGUUGAUGACUGCUUCGGCUGCAAUCGCAUCAGCUGCAUCUUCAUACUCUAAUGUAUUGCACGCCACCACACCUACACCAACUCUUGUCCCGUCAUUGUCUUCUACUUCUAUUCGAAUCCCUGCCAAUUUUUUGAGUACUCCCGUAACGACCAACACUUUAAAUGGAGCUGUUGCUGCAAAUGAACAAGUCCAACGAAUCAAACGGGAACUUUCAUUCGGUAGUGAUCCAUUCCAACAUCAAUUAGAUCGAAAAAUAGGUACAAGCAGUCGACCUCCACUUCAUAAGCGAACUCAAAAACGUAAAAUUGAGGGUCCCAGCUUAUUUAGUACUGAUUUGGCAAGAUCAGAAACCCCUGAAAUGGAUGAACAACUCUACUGUUUUUGUCAGCAAGUCUCGUAUGGCGAGAUGAUUGCAUGCGAUAACGAGGAUUGUCCACAUGAGUGGUUUCAUCUGGAAUGCGUUGGAUUGUCUGAACCGCCUAAUGGCGUUUGGUUUUGCAAGGACUGUGUUCAGGCAAAUAAGCUUCGGAAGGUGACGCGCUAA